AUGGACUUGUCCAAACCACAAUACUCGCUCCGCCGAGUCGGCCACCCCUUCACCAAGGACUACCAGGUCUAUUUUGAGCGCAAUGCCGACAAAAUCGCUGUUUCUCCAUUCCAUGACAUCCCACUGUAUCACGAUGAAGCCCGGAACGUGUUCAAUAUGGUGGUUGAAGUGCCAAGAUGGACGAAUGCCAAGUUUGAGAUAUCAAGAGGCAAGAGCAUGAACCCCAUCACACAAGACACCUUGGAUGGAAACCCACGAUUCACGAGAAGUUGCUUUCCUUACAAAGGGUACAUAUGGAACUAUGGUGCUCUUCCUCAGACAUGGGAAGACCCGCACUACACAGAUCCCGACACUGAUGCCAAGGGUGAUAAUGAUCCCAUCGACGCCUGUGAGAUCGGCCGUGCGAUAGCGAAAACUGGAGACGUCAAACAAGUGAAGAUUCUUGGAGUCCUAGGCCUGCUGGAUGAAGGCGAAACAGACUGGAAGCUGAUUGUUAUCGAUGUGACUGACCCGUUGGCCGACAAAUUGCACGACAUUAGCGACGUAGAGAAGCAUCUGCCGGGACUGUUGGAUGCGACAAGAGACUGGUUCAGGAUCUACAUGGUUCCUAAUGGGUACCCUCCGAAUGACUAUGCGUUGGAGGGCAAGUUCAUGGACAAGGCGUACGCUCUCAAGGUUGUGAAGGAGUGCAGUGAGGCGUGGAGAAGAUUGGUGCAUGGGAAGGUUGAGAAGGGGGGUAUCUCACUACACAACACAACUCUGUCAGGCACACCUGGAAAGUUGGAUCCCAAGGAUGUCGGUUUGCCGGCUGAUGAGAAUCUCUCUCCUGCGCCGGUUCCGCAAGAAUUGGAGGAGUGGUUCUAUGUUGACCGAGAAAGACUUGAAGAUGACAAGAAACUCGUGCAUGGGGAUGAUAGCUUGUGCAUUACAUUGGACCUGGCAUAG